GCCCUUUCCGCCCGCGCUUCGGCGCCGCUCGGUUCCCCUCCCGCCCCUCGCACCCUCCCUCUCUCCCUCCCUCUGGCCCGGCGGAGCCGUGAGAUCUGGCGGCGAGUUUGCGGCAGCUCCUUCCGCGCCGCCGGGCGGGCUCACCUGGACGCCUACUCCCAGACCCCACGCCUCGCCCUCCACCAAAACUCUUCUCAGACUCACCGGCUACCGGGGGAGCCUCGGCCGCCCCCACGCCCGGGGGUCGUUCCCUUGCAUCCUCCCGGCCUCGGGAAGGCAAAGGCGGCGGCGGCGGCCGGAGCGGGGCUGGGCGGCCUGAGGUGAGAGCCCGGCCGGCCCCGCUGGGAAUAUGGCGACCGGUGGCUACCGGACCAGCAGCGGCAGCACCACAGACUUCCUGGAGGAGUGGAAGGCGAAGCGCGAGAAGAUGCGCGCCAAGCAGAACCCCCCGGGCCCGGCUGCUCCGAGCGGGGGCGGCAGUGACGCGACCGGGAAGCCCCCGGCGGGGGCUCCGGGCACCUCGGCCGCGGCCGCAGCCAACGAGCUCAACAACAACCUCCCCGGCGGCGCGGCCGCACCUGCCGCCCCCGGCUCUGGGGGCGUGAACUGCGCCGUGGGCCCCGCGGCGCUGCCCCGGUCCACCCCCGGCUCCCGGCGGCCCGAGGACGAGCCGCCCCCCACGGCCACCGCCGCGGUCUCCGCCUCAGGGGCACCGCCGGCCCGGGGCGACGAGGAGGAGCGGGACGGCGCCCCGGAGAAAGGCAAGAGCUCGGGCCCCAGUGCCAGGAAAGGCAAGGGGCAGAUCGAGAAGAGAAAGCUGCGGGAGAAGCGUCGCUCCACCGGCGUGGUCAACAUCCCCGCGGCAGAGUGCUUAGAUGAAUAUGAAGAUGAUGAAGCAGGGCAGAAAGAGCGGAAACGUGAGGAUGCAAUUACACAACAGAACACGAUGCAGAAUGAAGCUGUCAGCUUAUUAGAUCCAGGCAGUUCCUACCUGCUACAAGACCCAUCUAGAACAGUUUCAGGCAGAUAUAAAAGCACAACUGCCUCUGAAGAAGAUGUUUCAAGUAGAUAUCCCCGAACAGAUAGAAGUGGGUUCAGCAGAUAUAACAGGGAUGCAAAUGCUUCAGGUAAUUUGGUCUCAAGUAGCAUGUUGGAAAAGAAAAUUGAAGAUCUUGAAAAGGAAGUAGUAAGAGAAAGGCAAGAAAACUUAAGACUUGUGAGACUAAUGCAAGAUAAAGAGGAAAUGAUCGGAAAACUCAAAGAAGAAAUUGAUUUGUUAAAUCGAGACCUAGAUGACAUAGAAGAUGAAAAUGAACAACUAAAGCAGGAAAAUAAAACUCUUUUGAAAGUUGUUGGUCAGCUAACAAGGUAGAAGAUUCAAGACCCAGUGUGGAAGAAACAUUUUAAAACUACUGAUUGAAUGUUAUGGUUAAUGCUAGGAUAAUAUUCCUAUGCUGCAAUACAUUAAGUAUGUGUAUUUAUUUCGAGAAAACAGUGGGUGUUUAUUUUCAAAAUACUUCUUUUUCAUUAUUUCAAAACAGUAUCAACCUUCUGUUUCACCAAUAAGUAACAUCUUUCAGUUAUUAAAAUGAUCGGUUAUGCC